AUGACAUUCGAGGCUAUGAGUAUGGAAGACAUUCUUGACAGGAACGAUGCAUUUCUAAGACCGUGUGCUAGUUGGCGGCGAAUGCUUGUACAACAGCCCCUGGCAAUUUCUCUAGCUUGGGUGGAUCGUGAAAUUUCGAGCACCUUUUACUCUUACCUGCGUCGGUGGCAAAUUCCUGUAGGGGCAUACAAUGGCCUCCGCAUGGGAAUGCUCUAUGACUUGCUUAUUCAAUUUUCAAAAAGAGUCCGCCGGGGCUUCUAUAGGACAUUCAGCGAUUCUGUCAUCAAUGCUGUUUCUUCCGAGCCAAAUCUCCAUGAAUUCUACGAGCACAGAUAUGCAGGAUCUUUGAAGGCAGCGAUGAACGCGGCCGCUAUUGCUCUUGAUACUUGCACUGCGGACAAGAUUUCAUACAAAUUUCAGUCAAACUGUGCUAAUGACAAGUGGUCAAGAGAUUUGAUAUGGUCAAUGGACUUGCCUGUCAGCGAUGGCCCAGUUCAGUUGCCGGAUGAAAUGGACGAGGACAUCUGA